UUUAUUUCACAAGUAGAAAACAAAGAAAAACCUCUCGUUUCUGUAGCGUCCAUGGCGCUUCUUCACAAACCUCCUUAUCUUCACCUGUAUCUUCGUGUCAUAAUGGCUUCUCGCCAUGCUCCCUUCUCUCGCUGUCUCUCUCCUUCUCUUCAGCGUCACUGCUCCUCUCUCUCUUCUCCUUCGCUUCUCUGCGCCAGACCCAGAAAUUCUGAUGCUUUGGCUGUUCUCAGUUGGGUUCUGUAUUUUUCCUUCGAUUUUAGGAUAAAGUUUCCGUUAAUCAAGGUUUUGAGUGGUAGACUGAUACAAAGAAAUGCGGUCUCAUCAAGGCCCUUCAUGUCAUCAACCAUCACCACCGAGGCUUUCCAAGAAAGCACCACCUCUAAGGGUUACAGUUCCGAGCAAAUUCAAGUGUUGGAAGGCUUAGACCCUGUUAGGAAAAGGCCUGGAAUGUAUAUUGGGAGCACUGGUCCUCGUGGUUUGCACCAUUUGGUCUAUGAGAUACUUGACAAUGCUGUUGAUGAGGCACAAGCUGGUUAUGCUUCGAAGAUAGAUGUUGUUUUGCACUCAGAUAAUUCUGUGAGCAUAACUGACAAUGGGCGUGGGAUACCCACGGAUUUGCAUCCUGUGACAAGAAAAUCUGCUUUGGAGACUGUCCUCACGAUCCUACAUGCGGGUGGCAAGUUUGGUGGUUCAAGUAGCGGUUACAGUGUCUCUGGUGGAUUACAUGGUGUGGGUUUAUCUGUUGUGAAUGCUUUGUCUGAGGCAUUAGAGGUUACUGUCUGGAGGGAUGGGAUGGAGUUUAAUCAAAGUUAUUCUCGUGGAAAGCCCAUAACAACACUUACAUGUCAUGUCGUCCCCCCAGAUUCAAAGAGUUCUGUAGGGACACGCAUUCGGUUUUGGCCAGACAAAGAAGUAUUCACAACUGCAAUUCAGUUUGAGCAUAACACUAUUGCUGGACGAAUUAGGGAGCUUGCUUUUCUGAACCCAAAGGUUACAAUCACUCUAAAAAAGGAGGAGGAGGAUCCUGAAAAGGGUCUGUAUACUGAAUAUUUUUAUGCUGGAGGAUUAACUGAAUAUGUUAUUUGGCUAAAUACUGAUAAGAAACCGCUUCAUGAUGUGCUGGGUUUCAGAAAAGAGAUAAAUGGUACAACCAUUGACGUUGCGCUCCAAUGGUGCUCAGAUGCAUAUUCAGACACAAUGCUGGGAUAUGCCAAUAGUAUUCGCACCAUUGACGGUGGGACACACAUAGACGGAGUUAAGGCUUCGUUAACAAGAACUCUUAAUAGCCUUGCAAAAAAGUCAAAGGUUGUCAAGGAGAAAGAUAUUAACCUGAGUGGGGAACAUGUCAGAGAAGGGCUGACCUGCAUCGUCUCAGUCAAAGUUCCUAAUCCUGAGUUUGAAGGUCAAACAAAGACAAGAUUAGGAAAUCCAGAGGUGAGAAAAAUUGUCGAUCAAUCAGUCCAGGAGUACCUGACAGAGUAUCUGGAGUUACAUCCUGAUGUGCUCGAGAGCAUUCUUUCCAAAUCCCUGAACGCUUACAAGGCUGCUUUGGCUGCCAAGAGGGCAAGGGAGUUGGUCAGAUCAAAAAGCGUUCUGAAAUCAUCUUCGCUUCCAGGGAAACUGGCUGAUUGCUCAUCAACAAACCCUGAGGAAUCUGAAAUUUUUAUAGUUGAAGGAGAUUCUGCUGGUGGCAGUGCUAAACAGGGUCGUGACAGACGGUUCCAGGCGAUUCUUCCUUUAAGAGGUAAAAUUUUGAACAUUGAAAGAAAAGAUGAAGCAGCCAUGUACAAAAACGAAGAAAUUCAAAAUCUAAUUCUCGGCCUUGGCCUUGGAGUGAAGGGGGAGGAUUUUAAGAAGGAAAAUUUACGGUACCAUAGAAUUAUCAUCUUAACAGAUGCAGAUGUUGAUGGAGCACAUAUCCGGACGCUUCUGUUGACCUUUUUCUAUAGAUAUCAGAGAGCUUUAUUUGAUGAAGGUUGCAUUUAUGUUGGUGUUCCACCCCUUUACAAAGUUGAGAGGGGGAAACAUGCACACUAUUGCUAUGAUGGUGCAGAUCUUAGAAAGCUGCUAGCAUCAUUCCCGGGAAAUGCAUCGUACAACAUUCAAAGGUUCAAAGGUCUGGGAGAGAUGAUGCCUGAACAGCUAUGGGAGACGACCAUGGAUCCUGAAAGAAGGCUACUGAAGCAACUAGUGGUCGAGGAUGCUGCUGAAGCAAAUGUCGUCUUCUCUUCUCUUAUGGGUUCACGGGUUGAUGCCAGGAAGGAACUCAUCCAGAAUUCUGCAACUAGGAUCAAUCUAGAGCGUCUCGAUAUUUAACAAGAAAACCCCGAGUUCGGGCUAAAGCUUCAUCUGUUAACUUAAGAUUGGAAAGUGAAACGCAACUUUGGGUAAGGGACAUAAUGGAUCUUAGAGAGACAUCCAUUGUUGCUGCCUUCGAAAGCCUUAGUUGUUGAUAAGAUAUGCUCAUAGGUCAUACAGUUAUGUGUAACAAUUCCGGUAUUUUUUUUAAUGUAUGUUGUGUCUCCUGCAA